AACCGUCUGUCUCUGUUAACAUAACAUAUAACAUAAAAGGUCAAAACUCACAAACCAUCAUCAUCAUCAUCAUCCCAUCAACCACCGCGACCAACUACGACGCCGUUUCAGUUCCCCGAUCCCCUCCGCCGGAACUUUAUGCUCUUUCCGAUCGCCUCUUCCGCGGGGACCUCUCUCCCGGUAACUCCCCGGUCGACGGUCGUAUUGUCUGACUAUGAAGAACAGCCAAACCAGGACUAACAAUACCAACAACAACGGCAAUUCCAAUGGUUUUAUUCCCAAUUCUUUGAGGUUCAUUUCAUCUUGUAUUAAAACCGCCUCCUCUGGUGUCCGGUCAGCCAGCGCCUCCGUCGCCGCCUCUAUCUCCGGCGACCCCCACGCCCAGAAGGAUCAGGUGCUGUUUGCUUGCUUUGACAGACUAGAUCUUGAUCCAUCUUCGUUCAAACACGUUCUCUUACUCGGUUAUUCCAAUGGUUUUCAAGUCCUUGAUGUUGAAGACGCCUCGAAUGUCGGUGAACUUGUCUCCAAACAAGAUGAUCCAGUUACAUUUUUGCAGAUGCAGCCGCAGCCUGCAAAAUCCAAGGAUCAUGAAGGAUUUAGAUCAUCACAUCCUAUGCUUUUGGUUGUUGCGUGUGAGGAAUCAAAGAGCUUGGGUGUGAUGCAAAGUGGGAGAGAUGGGUUGGGCAGGAAUGGUUAUAGUGAACAUCAAGUGGGAAAUUUCAUUUACUCUCCAACUGCUGUUCGGUUUUACUCACUAAGGUCUCACAAUUAUGUUCAUGUUCUGAGAUUCCGCUCGACAGUGUAUAUGGUCAGAUGCAGUCCUCAAAUAGUGGCUGGGGGUCUUGCAUCACAAAUAUACUGCUUCGAUGCAGUCACACUUAAGAACAAAUUCAGUGUCCUCACUUAUCCAAUCCCCCAGUUGGGAGUCCAAGGAAUGGUUGGGGUUAAUAUUGGCUAUGGCCCCAUGGCCGUAGGUCCAAGGUGGUUGGCUUAUGCGUCAAAUAACCCAUUGCAGUCAAACACAGGACGCUUAAGUCCGCAAAGUCUUACUCCUCCUUGCGUCAGUCCGUCAACCUCACCAGGCAAUGGAAGUCUGGUAGCUCGAUAUGCCAAGGAAUCUAGUAAGCAGUUAGCUGCUGGGCUACUAAAUCUGGGUGACAUGGGUUACAAAACUUUGUCUAAAUACUAUCAAGAACUUAUACCUGAUGGUUCUGGCUCUCCUAUUUCAUCAAAUGGCAGCUGGACAGUAGGUCGGGGGCAUUUGACUGAAUCAGAUUGUGCUGGAAUGGUUAUUGUACAAGAUUUUGUUUCCAAAGCUGUUGUCUCUCAGUUUAAGGCACAUAGUAGUCCAAUUUCUGCUAUCUGUUUUGACCCUAGUGGGACACUUCUGGUCACUGCUUCAGUUCAUGGCAACAAUAUCAAUAUUUUUCGAAUUAUGCCUUCCAGCUCACACGUGGGUUCAGGCACGCAAAGUUAUGAUUGGAGCUCUUCACACGUGCACCUUUACAAGCUUCAUCGUGGCAUGACAUCUGCUGUGAUCCAGGACAUUUGUUUUAGUCAAUAUAGUCAGUGGGUUACGAUUGUUUCAAACAAAGGGACUUGCCAUGUUUUUGUUCUUUCUCCCUUUGGUGGUGAGACUGUUCUUCAGAUACAGAAUUCUCAUGCUGAUGGGCCUACUCUCUUACCAGUUCUAUCUUUACCAUGGUGGUCCACUCCAUCUUUCAUAGUGAACCAGCAAUCUUUUUCUCCACCACCGCCGCUACCUGUAACUCUUUCUGUGGUCAGCAGAAUAAAGAAUAAUAACUCUGGGUGGCUCAAUACAGUCAGUAAUGCUGCAUCUUCUGCAGCAGGAAAGGUGCUUUUGCCCUCUGGAGCUCUUACUGCUGUGUUUCAUAAUUGUGUACCUCAUGAUUUGCAACCUGCUCAUGCUAAGGUGAUCUCUUUGGAGCAUCUAUUGGUUUACAGUCCUUCAGGUAAUGUAAUUCAAUAUAAUAUACUUCCAUCAGUUGGAGGAGAGGCAAGUGAAACUGCUUCGAGAACUGGGUCAAGUUCUUCCGUUCAGAUACAAGAUGAGGAGUUGAGAAUGAAAGUGGAACCUGUUCAGUGGUGGGAUGUUUGCCGAAGAACUGAUUGGCCUGAAAGAGAAGAAUGCAUUGCUGGGAUUACUCUCAGGAAACAAGAAGCUUCGGAGAUGGUCAUGGACACUUCUGAUUCUGAGGAUAAUGAUAUUAGGGACAAGGAGUUGGUAAGACCUCAUGAACGAUCUCACUUAUAUAUCUCCAAUGCUGAGGUUCAAAUAAACUCUGGGAGGAUACCAAUCUGGCAGAAGUCCAAGAUAUACUCAUUUACGAUGAGUCCACUGGAGGUUAAUUAUGCAAAUCUCACUGAAAAUCCAUCUGGUGGGGAGAUUGAAAUAGAGAAGAUUCCUGUUACUGAGGUUGAAAUUAAGCGGAAGGAUCUGCUUCCUGUUUUUGAUCAUUUCAGUAGGAUACAGUCUAAUUGGGGUGACAGGAGCCUUGUUGGCUCACAUUCAUCUGUUGAUUCUCACGAAGCUAAAGAAAAGUAUUCAGAUAAUGCUGUUAUUUCCCAUGCUCAGUUAGCAUCAACUGGCUCGUCUGAACACGCAGAUAGUGUAACAGGAUAUUUAGGGGAUUCUUAUCCAUCGUUACUCCAAUCUGGCAAUAAAAGUAAAGGAGCAAACGGAGGGAGGUCUAUUUUGGCGUCAAGUCUACAGAACCAAAGCUCUGCAAACAAAGAUGUAGUUUCGGUUUCUUCCAGAUCCAGACAAUCUGCCUCAGAUGUGUCUCAUGUUGAGGAUAGGAAUUUUUCAAAUGGCGUAUCCACUUUAACAGGUGUCUCACUUUCUGCUGAUAGAACUAUUGCGAAAGGUAUUCAAUCAGUGAAUGGUGGUGAGUCCUCUGAAGGUUCGAACGUGAGUUCCAACCGUUCAGAUACGAGUAUGAACAUUCUCGAUGAGGCUCAAGUACACGACUCACUGGACUUUGAGCAAUUUUUCCAAGAGGGGUAUUGUAAUGCAUCUGCCCUAAGUGGGUGUCCUGAAUCAACAGAAGUUGUCACCGAUGUCGACAGCAGCAGUCCUUGUGAUAGGGAGAAAUGUGAAGAAGAUGGCGACAAUGACGACAUGCUUGGUGGUGUAUUUGCUUUCUCUGAGGAAGGAUAGCAUAUCUUGCUCUAUCGAAUUCUGACGAGUCCCGCUAAGUUAUCUUUGCCUGUGAAAUGUUUCAAAGUGUUCGGUCAAAAGCUUGGCCUCGUUACAUGGACAGAUGAUCUAAUUGAAAUUCCAGGUUAUUUCCUUUCAACAAUCGAAAUGCUCACCGACUGAUUGAUGAUUCAAGAAACGAUCUAAGCUUGUUGGCUGAUCAAUGAUACCAUAGUGCUGCUAGCGCAAGCUACGUACUCUUCUAAUUAAUCUUCGUGUAAAUGCUGUAAAUUGAAAUUCAUAGUCGCAAUUUGCGUGGAUGAAUUCUUUCCUGUGAUGUGUAACAUUAUUCAUUCUUCAAAGAAAAGAAAAGAAAAAAAAAAUAAAGAUCAGAAAAAUUAAAGAAAUCCUUUUUGCCGUACAAAAGGCAUUAUUUUAC